AUGGCUUCAGGGCUCCCUAUUCCACUCCCUCCCCGGACCCCCAGUCCACCGCCGGAUAAUGGCACCUCUUCCCCAGCGGGGAGCACUUCUAUGGGCUACCAGAGACAAGGAUCUCUUGAGCCCCCGCCGCUCUCGUCGUUGUCGGAUGCCUUUCCUUCAGGGUCCUCAGACGCUUCGUGGAACUCAUAUAGACGGCCAAGUCUGGAUGUUCCAAGUCCGUUUAAUUUCAAGCCUACAACUCUUGCAAAGACUCCAGUCCUGAAAUCAAAUGUUGGACAGCGCCGCGGCCACAAAUAUAAGCACAGCAGUGUGUCUCACCAGAUAUUCCUUGAACCACCUCCAAGGGCACCGUUGGCUCUUCCAAAUUCAUUGCCGAUCCCAACAUUCAUAGAAUACCGAAAGAGCAUGUCUAGAGACCAGAAGGCUCGGUUUUGGUGGAGUUUGUGCCAUAUGGCGGUGGCAGGAUAUACGCUAUGGAGCGCUCAUGGGUCCAUGGCCAUGACUGGACUUUCACAUUUGAUGCUCUUUGACUCUCUUGGGGCAAUGUUGUGCGUUGUGGUUGAUAUCCUUGGGAAUUUUGAAGUCUGGAAGAGGUCCAGCAUCCGGCACCCAUUUGGGUUAGAAAGGACAGAGGUAGUCGCUGGGUUUGCCUUAUCCGUCCUUUUAUUCUUCAUGGGUGGUGACUUGAUUUCCCAUACCGUGCAACAUGUCCUUGGAGGCUCCCAUCACGCACACCCCCAUGACGAGCAUGAGCGAGUAACUCCAGGAAGCAUUGAUAUGACUGCACUCCUCUCUAUUGCUGCCACUCUGAUUUCAGCUAUCGGGCUCAAAAAUCAUGGACGAAUUGGCAAGGCCAUGCGUGUCACUUAUAUACAAGCACUACCGUCCUUGCUGAGCAACCCUGCUCAUUUCCUUACUCUAUCAUGCUCCACCCUCCUCCUUUUACUCCCUUUGAUAUCUACUUCCUUCUAUUCGAUUCUUGAUCCGGUUAUUUCCUUUACUCUCGCAUUUUCUAUGUGUGCCCUAGGUAUUCGCCUAGUGGUAAACUUGGGCUCUAUGUUGCUCAUGUCUUACGCAGGACCUGGUGUUUCUGCCGUCAUGAAGGACAUUGCUGCACACCCGUCAGUCACAAACGUGGAGGAAGCGCGCUUCUGGCAAGUUCACUAUGGCUUGUGCAUGGCUAAUAUCAAGCUGAGAGUGAUCGGAUCAGAGGAAGCAAUUACCCUGCUCAGGGAGCGGAUAGUCAACAUGGUCAAGCAGCGUCUCGGCGGCGAGUAUGGCACUGGAAUGCAGAAAUGGGAGGUGUCUUUACAAUUCAAUGUUGAUUCAACAUGA